UAGAAGACAUCAGCAUUCGUUGUGUAUCGCUUUCAUUGACGCAGCCAUGCUUAUGAGCACAUUAUGGGGUGCCUUCGGCUCACUAGUUGGUCUGUUUUAUGCUGGGAUGCAGGUCAUGGUGCCAUGUCUUCCUCCAGCCCCUCUCUCCGCUUCUGUUUUUACUACUGAUGAGUAUAUGGGCUCUUGGCAUUUUGUGGCAGCUGCUGUAUGGGAUGAAGACGAUCUUAAAUCAUUCAAAACCACCGACAACUCUAUGCUUCACAUCCAGAAAGGCGCUAACGACACCCUGACGGUGACUGAAUCCUCUCGUGUUGGAGAUCAGUGUCAGAAAAAUACUUGGACCUAUUUCACUAUGCCUCUGAUGGAUCCUUUGCUGUUUAGAACUGAUUACGAUACUCUUGCACUGGUCUGGGAUGGCAAGUUCAUAAACUGCUCUUCCUGCAUCAUAAUACUGUUUGUGGAUGAAGACGAGAAAACAAGUGCUAUGUUAUUUGCUCGUAGUGAAAAAAUACCAGAUGAAGUGAUACAGGAAUUUAAGUCAAAAAUGGAGUGUGUAUAUAUGGAAGAUUUCGUACAGGCACCUCUGCAAAAAGGUUCCUGUAAACUUGAUGAGGCGGCUUAAAAAAAGGGGUGAGUCACGAGCAGCUGCAGAGAUCUUCAUAGUCCAGAUCGACAAUAAAUGACUGCUUUGAUGGACUUUAGGAUUCACUCUUACGGGUUUAGUGAC